CGAAUAAGUUUUCCUCUCUCUUAGCUUUACUCCUCCCACUCCUCAUCUCUAUAUCUUUCUCCUCCUCCUCCUUCUCCUCCUCCACGGAACACCCACGCGCUUCUCGAUUCCCCUUCAGUCUCGCGUCGCGCGAUGACGCCGACCUUUGCACGCGCGCGCGAUUAUUCAUUAUAUGUGCACAUCUGAGAUUAGAUGGAGCAUCAAUCUCUGCGUUCAGUCUCUCGCUCUCCUCUCCGGGCUUUCGGUUUCCACGGCGAUGGGAAAUUAAAUAAAGUUGGCCGAGGGCAUCUGGAGCCGUGAAGGAUGUAAAUCGGAUGGAGACGCGGAUCGUGUUGCACGCAAACGCCAUGCAGGAGAUCGCGUUAUUCAUUGCGCUGACUUGAGGAAACCUCCGCCGCGCUCAUUUGGUAAACCAUUCACGCCGAGACGUUUGCGGGAUGGAAUCGGAGUGAGUUCGGAGGCGAUCCAUAUCAUGGACGUGUUCAGCUUCGUCAGGAUGCCCAAACUGGCAGGUCACAGGACCAAGUCCUCCUGCUGUCCACCGCCGGCCACCGGGAGUUGGCCGUCCGCACAGGGCCCCUCCAAUGGCUGGGAGAUGUCGUCCUCUAGAGAGGCCCGCGACUGCUACGUCAAUCACCUCUCACAGUCGAGUUCUUUGGAGGAAGUGCGUGUUGAUGUGGAUAAGUUCGUCCCUCCUGCCCCACGAAAGGUGGAAAUGAGACGCGACCCGGUGCUCGGUUUCGGCUUCGUGGCAGGCAGCGAGAAACCAGUGGUGGUUCGAUCAGUUACUCCAGGAGGGCCUUCAGAAGGGAAGCUGAUACCAGGAGACGAGAUAGUGAUGAUAAAUGAGGAGGCCGUGAGUUCGGCUCCACGGGAACGAGUCAUUGACCUGGUCAGAAGUUGCAAGGAAUCCAUUAUCCUGACUGUGGUGCAGCCGUACCCUUCGCCCAAAUCUGCCUUCAUCAGUGCAGCUAAAAAGGCCAAGUUGAAAUCCAACCCGGUCAAAGUGCGCUUUGCUGAAGAAGUCAUUAUUAACGGACAAGUACCUGAGACUGUGAAGGAUAAUUCUCUGCUGUUCAUGCCAAACGUCUUGAAGGUGUAUCUGGAAAACGGACAAACAAAGUCUUUUAAGUUUGACUGCAACACCUCUAUUAAGGAUGUUAUUCUGACCCUGCAAGAGAAGCUGUCUAUUAAAAGCAUUGAGCACUUCUCUCUGAUGCUGGAGCACAAGAUGGAAGGAUCUGCAACAAAGCUAAUGCUUCUGCACGAGCAGGAGAUGCUAACGCAGGUGACACAGAGGCCGGGCUCGCAUAAGAUGAAAUGCUUUUUCCGCAUCAGUUUCCUUCCGAAAGAUCCGGUGGAUCUUCUAAGGAGAGACGCUGUUGCGUUCGAUUACCUCUAUGUUCAGAGCUGUAAGGACGUGGUGCAGGAGCGUUUCGGCUCUGAGCUCAAAUACGACACGGCGCUUCGCCUGGCUGCUCUUCAGAUGUACAUCCUGACGCUCAGCACCAAACAAACGCAGAAAGUCUCUCUGAAAUACAUUGAAAAGGAGUGGGGUCUGGCGCAGUUUCUGCCUCCAGCGGUUCUGUCCAGCAUGAAAGAGAAGAACAUCAAGAAAGCUCUCACACACAUCCUGAAAACCAACCAGAACCUGGUGCCUCCUGGCAAAAAGCUGACGGCGCUGCAGGCGAAGGUCCACUACCUGAAAUAUCUGAGUGAUCUCAGGCUGUACGGAGGACAAGUGUUCAAGUCGACGCUGGUCCAAGGAGAGAAACACACGGAGGUAACGCUGCUGGUGGGGCCGCGCUACGGCAUCAGUCACGUCAUCAACACCAAAACCAACCUGGUGGCGCUGCUGGCCGACUUCAGCCACGUCAACCGAAUCGAAAUGUUUACAGAGGACGAAAGGAACGUGCGAGUGGAGCUUCACGUCCUGGAUGUUAAGCCCAUCACACUUAUAAUGGAGUCCAGUGAUGCUAUGAACCUGGCGUGUUUGACUGCGGGUUAUUACAGGCUGUUGGUCGACUCACGCAGGUCCAUCUUUAACAUGGCGAACAGCAGUAACACUGCAGGACAAGACUCAAGGGUCAAGCACAACUACCAGACAAUCGACUGGAAUUACGGUUCCUGCAGCGCAUGCGACGAACCCCACCCCGAAUACGCCAUCUGUGGGCGAAGAGAGUAUGAUAUUUCCCCCACCGUCUCCGAAAUGCACCAGUCGCAGCAUCGCAUGUACGGGGACGAGAAAGUAGAACGGGCGAGCAGAGCAAGCCACAUGCAUCCUCAGCCCUACUUCAGCAUCCCAAAAGGCAAACCUCAAGAGUCGCCCAGAAGCGCCAAGGUGUCCUUCAUAUUCGGCGAUCCUCCGCUGGACUCUGUGAACCCUCAGAACUUGGGAUACCAAAGACUGAUGGAGGACAUCCCAGAAGUGCUGGAGGAGCACCGGUACAUGUAUGCUCAACAGAAGGACUACAAGCCGCUGGAAGCGUCAAUGGAAGUCGACGGCUUCCAGUACGGUUCCCACAUGGUCUACGGCGACGCGAAGAUCUUCGGUACGACGGAAGGCAUCGAGGAGCCAUUGCUGCACGAUAUCUGCUACGCCGAGACUACGGAUGACGCAGAGGAUGACGACGACAUUAGUUGCGAGGAGGACAUGAUGAUGAUGAUGGGGGAGAUGAAGGACAAGGCGAACUCUCUCCUGUCGCUCUCCGAGUCUAGCGACGACAUUAUUGACCUCACUUCGCUUCCACCACCACUGGAGGGCGAUGACGAGGAGGACAGCGACGACCUGUUGCAAUCGCUAAACUUGGCAAUAGCCGCUCCACCGCCAGGGUUCAGGGAUAGCUCGGAUGAAGAUGACCACCAAGAGCGAAAAGGCGUAAAAAACGACAUCCCUGUAUCGCUGAUCGAUUCGGUGCCGACGCAGGUGGCCGGUGGGAGCGAGGAAGUGUUCAACGACGCCGUCGUCUCCACACUACAAGCUCUGGAGGCCUUGGCGGCCUCUGAGGAACAGUCUCAUCCACAAUCGGACAAUAGUUCAGGUGUAGAAAUAUCUCGGUCCUUUAGCCCCGAGUCCUCUUCUGAUUCUGGGAACGAGACAAAUUCGUCCGAAAUGACGGAGAGCUCCGAGCUGGCCGCAGCUCAGAAACUCUCCGAAAACUCUCUGAAAAUGUUAGUAGCCACGGCCGAAGGCUACCAAACUCUCGCCGAAGAGGAGACCGAGUUUCGAUUGGUGCCGUGUGAGGUCCGGUCGUCUCUUGACGACUCCCAGUCCGCCGCGGUCGCCACUCUUCGUUCGGACCACUUUGAGAUGGAGCCGGAAACGAUGGAAACCAAGUCGUUGACGGACUACUUCAACAAAAUGCACAGGGACGUAAUGAUGGGAAUGCCCCAGGGGAAGCUCGAGGAGCAAGACGGCGCGAUGAAAUUGAGCAGCCAAGCGGAAGCCCGUCAGAUGAACGUCGCAGAAUCGGAGGAUCUUGUUGGGAUGUACAACAACUUCAAUGGACGAGAUGCCCAGCGUUCAGGUCCCUUUGACUUGGAGAGGAUGUCUUAUGCGUUUCAAGAAAGCAAUCAGAGAUUGCAUAUGAUUCUGAAUAACAAAUCCGAAGAGCACAUUUACUCCGAGGUGGUUGGCGAUGGCGGUCCGUUACAUUCAGACAGGGUAACGCAAAAAGUCAGUCUGAAGGACUCUAUAGACUUAAACACAAGUUCCCCCGCCAAAGAACAAUAUAUGAUUGAGAGAGCACGGAGCGAACACCAACAGAGCAAGGCGGCUUCAUCCGAGCAAGAAGUGACACGGUUAUACGAGUACCACUUGUCCAAAAGGAUGUCGUCUUUACAGAGCGAGGGAAUACAUUCCCUCCAGAGUUCCCAGUGUUCGUCCAUCGACGCCGGCUGCAGUACAGGAAGCAGCAGCUGCGUGACGCCAAUGGACUCUCCGUUGUGCACGGUGGAUAGCGUCCAUCUGCACGGAGAGUCCUCUCUGAAAGGUCUUGGAUAUCCAAAUCAGAAUGUAGAUGGAACGUUUUUGCGGAAGCACCACGGACAGGCUGGCCAAGAGUCAGGCCGUGAGGGAUGCCAAAGGUUGCCCAAGAUCAGAGAAACUACAGAAACUGCAAAGCUUGAGCAUGUGGAGUUAGAGACUCACAUUGUUGGUCAGCAGCUGAAUCAUUUAACAUUUAUUUGGAGCUGUGUAGCAUGCUGCAGACGGAGAUAAAACGGAAGAAUCGUCGUCUUCUCUCACGAUAUGUCCAUAUUCAUCCAUAGCACAGUUUCCUAUGUGCCAAACCAGAGGCGAUCGGAGGUCUCGAAUGCUUCCCUGUUAAUUCUUGCACUUGGCCUCAAAUGACCCCCCGCUCUGGUUGCCUCAGGGAGGCAAAAAAAGGAAUCUUAAUAAGACAACUAUUGGCUCAGGGAGCAUUGACACUUUUUAUGGAAACUGCAACUUGUAGAUGGUCGUAAUCACCCAAUCAACCCUGGAAAGAGUCAACAUAAAACCCAAAACCCAUUUUACUUCCAUAAUGUGAUGCAUUUUGUGACACGAAUGUGCAUUAAGAAAGUAAAUGAGGUGAAUUUGGAUUUCUUGUUGACUUGGUUUGACGUUGACAGACGGUUUGACGUUCAGCACAGAAAACAAGUUUAAGACAACAUCUCCUAAUUCUUUUGGACGACACACAAUCCAAGCAUAAGAACUGUGCACUGCUCGGAGAGAUUCUUGCACUGGUCACUUAAUAUGCUAUUUUAGCCACAUUUCUCAAAGACUGCAUGUGUGGGGAUUUUUGUUAAGCGGCUGAAGGACAUUUCAAAGCGCUAGUUGGAGCGAGUCGCUUUAUUUACUUUGCGUGGAGGCUUUGGAAAGUUCUUUCGACGACCAAAGCAAAACUACGUUUGCAUUCGGAUGGCUGUUAUUUGGUUGCAGCAAUGGCCAUAUGUCGAAAAUCACUGCUUUUAUUUAGCCAUAGUAAAGCCAUAUGAUAUCACGCAUACUGUACGUUUGCCACGACGAUCGAGAUAAUCCGGCCAUUGCGAUCCACUGUGAUAACAGUGCUUGUGUAUAUUUUGUGUAAUAAUAUGUACAAUGAAAAGGAAGUAUUCUACAAUACAUAGAAUUUUUAAACAACAAUAUAUAUAUACACCACAGCACCUGAUAGACGCAUCCGUUUCGUUCCAUGUGUUUCUUUUAGAAGAGCUUCACGUUCAAGAACAAUUUAAGCCACUAUAUGAUCUGUAAACUGUAAUUAUGUUCGCAACUUGCACUGUUUCAUUUGCUGUUCUUAUUUGACUGGCUAAUGCAUACAUUUACUUAAGUCAUUUAAA